AUGGACAAGGGUGCUGCUAGUGCCCCGCCUCAACCUGCUACAAAUGAGCAAAACACACAGACUGCAAAUGGGGGAAAUGGCAAGAAUAUGAUUGAUGUCCUCCACAGUCUUCUCAGGAAUCAGACCGGUGAACAAUUGUCCAACGAAAAAAUGGCCGGCCUUCUCAUCCACAACAUGGAGACUUUGAUAAAGAAUGGCAAGCUCAACCAACAACAAAUUAUACAACUGAAGCGGUUUGCCGAGCAACAUAGACCGAACACGGUUGCCUCAAGUUCCUCCACUCCUACCACACCGGCAAAGUCAAACACCAUCACCACCCCCGUAGCUGCUGCUGCUUUGAAGUCGUCUGCAGGCGACUCGACGCCCACUCUCUCCACGUUAUCAACAGCACCACAAGAUCCCUCUUAUUCCAUAAGUUCCACAUUAAACACUACGAAUCCAGGUCCCGUUCAAUGGCCUGCAACGCGGCCGACCUUGACGGGUGGACUUCCAAGUGGUAGAAUACUUGGAACCCCGUCUCAGAUAGCUCGACCGGAAGACACCACGAUGCUGGCUUUAGAUGACAAUAGGUCGCGUCGCAAGAGCACCCCGGGAGACCAAAGCAUGCGUAGAUCGAUCCAAGAACUCGUUGCAAGUAUUGAUCCCAACGUGAAGGUUGAACCCGAAGUUGAAGAUCUACUUCUAUCCAUCGCCGACGAAUUUAUUGACUCAGUAACAAACUUUUCCUGUCGUCUCGCUAAACACCGAGGUGGUGAUACUCUAGAGGUGAAGGACCUCCAAUUACAUCUCGAAAGAAACCAUAACAUCCGUAUUCCUGGUUUCGCAUCGGACGACACUCGACUUUCUCUCUCACAAUCGUCGAUUCCACCUGUUGCUCAAGCUCCUCCGCCGAAGAAGACUGCACAAGGCACACACAUGACGUUAAGGAGCCAACGUCUACAACAGGUGCAACACGCCAAACGGGAAGCCAAAUUGAUGUAA